AUGCCUCGGCCCUCAAAAAGACCGAGGCAGUCCACUUCCGCUGGCCGAGCAUCUUCGACUGCAAUACGAGAAAGGGAUCCAAGUCUCUCGAAUGAGGACGAGAGCUCAGACCAGAGUAAGCCGAUAUCGGGCAGCGUCCUCGAAGCAGACUUGGAUCCCGUCCUGCUGGAUGACGACGUAAUGCCAGAAACCGGAAAGGCUUCAGCCGUCAGAAAGUUGACGAGCGAGCCAAACUCGCGAGCUGACGGCGGCUACAACUCCCUCAAGUCAUUCCACGGCCAGUACUACUCCGGGAUGGCGGUCGGCGGAUCUCACACUUGGAACUACGACGGCGGCGUGUGGCAAGAAGUCAAAGCCGAACCGGACUUGUGGAAGGUCAACUACGAGACCAAGAAACGAAGAGCCAAAAAGGCUCCUGAGAGGAGCGGCGCGCCCGUAGGCACAGAGUACCAUUGGCUAAUUGUUGCACACCAGCAUGUCCGGAAACUCGACGCGAACACCUACGAAACGCACCUUGAGGGAUCGAAAUACAAGCUAGCACAUAAAAGCGCAACGUCCGACUCGUGGUCCAUUCCCACCGUCAAGGGACAACGAGAUCGCGAGUUGGAGCUGUUGGAGGACGCCAAGCGACGCGUUCGAGGGUUGCCACCGGUAUCAGGCAGUGAGAAGGUCAAGACAAAGACUGUUGAGGAAGGGCAGCAGAAGCUUGAUGACAUGUUCUCAAAGGCUAGCUUCAGCCGGGGCGGGAAACGGAAAAGAGGCUGA